CUGAAGUGAUAGCCAGUACAACACAAAACCAAGUCCACGUCAUCUACUUCAGAGUCAUCGUUGAAAACAACUGAGUUUUUUUGGAGUUUUUUAAUCCCUGGAGCUUGCCAGCAGUUUCUGUGGGCAAUGUGGGUCAGUUGACGACAGACCUGAUCAUAUCCUCAAUGGAGAUGACAAGGAUGGGUUACAGUCACGAUGACAGCAUACUGCCCAUGGUGGGCAAUGACCCAUUCUCCAGGCUGGAUUCAGAAUCAUGUCAGCUGGUCACCAGUUGUGAGAUUUACAAGUCUUCAAAGGACAAAAUUAUCAUCAUCCAGCAGAGAGCGCCUUUUGUGAAGGGUAAGAGAAGAUCUUUCAGAAGAAAACUGGUGGAGUGGAUCAAAAAGUGUGGGUUUGACCAAGUGGUUAUACUGACCAGUAGUUAUGCUCAUGAGAGAGUGGACAAGCAACUGUCAGGUUCUCAGCAAAGAUACUUAGCUUCUCCAAAGAUGACAGAUAGAUUGGACAAUUUGGUGAGGGAAAAGCUGCAGUGGAAGUGCUUAGAGAAGAGGAUAGCUUUUCCUGCACCGUCGUCUAUAGACCAGGCUGACACUAGAGGUCAGGAGUCAGUCUAUAUCCCUGGGGGAGGCAUUGCUAAGGCACUUUUUGAGGAUUGUUACAAUGAUGUGGCGGUGUUACUGGUCUUGACAUUCUGUGCAGAGGGCGAUAAUGCUCCAGAUGCAGUACAAUUAGCUAAUUACAUCAACCAAUAUCUACAAGUUCUACCUCAGGAGGAGCCAUCUGCAUCUGAGACAUCAGAAGGGCAGAGAUCGCCCAUGUGGAAAAUUCCUAGUUCAUGGAGAUUGACAUUUGGAAACCAAGCUGACCCAAUGCUGUUCCAUUGAUCUCACAGCCAAGUCAUCCUAAACCAUGAGCUAAUCUUGAACCCUAGGCAUGUACUCAGCUAUUAGCUCAUCCUAAGCUAAAGAUCAUCCUGUGACAAGCUCAUCCUGAACCAUAGUUGUGUGCUGUGCCACAAGCUCAUCCUGAACCAUAAGCUCAUACUCAGUUAUAAGUGUAUCCUGAGCCAUAAGCUUAUUCUGAACCAUAAGCUCACACUCAGCUAUAAGGGUAUCCUUAGCCAUAAGCUUACUCUGAACCAUAAGCUCAUACUCAGUUCCAAGGUUAUCUUGAACCAUAAGCUUAUUUUGAACCAUAAGCUCAUAGUCAGUUACAUGUGUAUCCUGAGCCAUAAGCUUACUCUGAACCAUAAUCUCACACUCAGUUAUAAGUGUAUCCUGAGCCAUAAGCUUAUUCUGAACCAUAAGCUCACACUCCGCUAUAAGGGUAUCCUUAGCCAUAAGCUUAUUCUGAACCAUAAGCUCAUACUCAGUUACAAGUGUAUCUUGGGCCAUAAGUUUAUUUUAAAUCAUAGGCUUAUCCUAAGUUACAGCAUAUCUUGAAUCAUAAGUUUGUGCUAAUGCUCAUUGUGAUUUUAAUUGGAACAAGACUGUUACCCCAGUCUUUCUGCAACAAUCCACAGCUAGAAAACAAUUUCAUGUUUCUCUCAUUGGCUCAAAGUACGACAUUAAAACAACAAUCAAAUAAAUAAAUAUCUUAGAUAAGGUGAUAAAAAGUGUUUGGCAAUAGGCCAUGUAAACAUGUGAUUAUGGUGGGAGGAAACUGGGCAGAGGCCAAGGGAAACCCAAGACCGUCCAUAGAAUUGGGGGUGGUAGCCUGGUCAUGUGUUCCCAGUAUGUUCAUCAUUGAUCAAGACCAUCCAUAGAAUUGGAGGUGGUGGCCUGGUCAUGUGUUCCCAGUAUGUUCAUCAAUGAUCAAGGCCAUCCAUAGAAUUGGAGGUGGUAGCCCGGUCAUGUGUUCCCAGUAUGUUCAUCAAUGAUGAAGGUCAACCAUAGAAUUGGAGGUGGUGGCCUGGUCAUGCAUUCCCAGUAUGUUCAUCAAUGAUCAAGGCCAUCCAUAGAAUUGGAGGUGGUAGCCCGGUCAUGUGUUCCCAGUAUGUUCAUCAAUGAUGAAGACCAACCGUAGAAUUGGAGGUGGUGGCCUGGUCAUGCAUUCCCAGUAUGUUCAUCAUUGAUGAAGGUCAACCAUAGAAUUGGAGGUGGUGGCCUGGUCAUGCAUUCCCAGUAUGUUCAUCAAUGAUCAAGGCCAUCCAUAGAAUUGGAGGUGGUAGCCCGGUCAUGUGUUCCCAGUAUGUUCAUCAAUGAUGAAGACCAACCGUAGAAUUGGAGGUGGUGGCCUGGUCAUGCAUUCCCAGUAUGUUCAUCAUUGAUCAAGACCAUCUAUAGAAUUGGAGGUGAUAGCCUGGUCAUGUGUUCCCAGUAUGUUCAUCAAUGAUGAAGACCAACCAUAGAAUUGGAGGUGGUGGCCUGGUCAUGCAUUCCCAGUAUGUUCAUCAUUGAUCAAGACCAUCUAUAGAACUGGAGGUGAUAGCCUGGUCAUGUGUUCCCAGUAUGUUCAUCAUUGAUCAAGACCAUCCAUAGAAUUGGAGGUGAUAGCCUGGUCAUGUGUUCCCAAUAUGUUCAUCAUUGAUCAAGACCAUCUAUAGAAUUGGAGGUGGUAGCCCGGUCAUGUGUUCCCAGUAUGUUCAUCAUUGAUCAAGACCAUCCAUAGAAUUGGAGGUGAUAGCCUGGUCAUGUGUUCCCAAUAUGUUCAUCAUUGAUCAAGACCAUCUAUAGAAUUGGAGGUGGUAGCCCGGUCAUGUGUUCCCAGUAUGUUCAUCAUUGAUCAAGACCAUCUAUAGAAUUGGAGGUGGUGGCCUGGUCAUGUGUUCCCAGUAUGUUCAUCAUUGAUCAAGACCAUCUAUAGAAUUGGAGGUGGUAGCCUGGUCAUGUGUUCCCAGUAUGUUCAUCAUUGAUCAAGACCAUCUAUAGAAUUGGAGGUGGUGGCCUGGUCAUGUGUUCCCAGUAUGUUCAUCAUUGAUCAAGACCAUCUAUAGAAUUGGAGGUGGUAGCCCGGUCAUGUGUUCCCAGUAUGUUCAUCAUUGAUCAAGACCAUCUAUAGAAUUGGAGGUGGUGGCCUGGUCAUGUGUUCCCAGUAUGUUCAUCAUUGAUCAAGACCAUCUAUAGAAUUGGAGGUGGUAGCCCGGUCAUGUGUUCCCAGUAUGUUCAUCAUUGAUCAAGACCAUCUAUAGAAUUGGAGGUAGUGGCCUGGUCAUGUGUUCCCAGUAUGUUCAUCAUUGAUCAAGACCAUCUAUAGAAUUGGAGCUGG